AGGGGGGACCCCGCGCUCGGCCCGGCGGCGGCUCCGGCGCCCCGGCCAGAGGAGGUUCCCCCUCCCCGUAGGGCGAGAGCGGGAUCGCCGCGUCCGGGGCGGAGUCCGGACUACCCUGCUGAUGUUUGGGAGUUGAGGUGAUGGCAGAAGUCGGUCGGUGGGACACGGCUGGAGGUCCCGGGGCUGCGGAGCGCCCGUGAUCCGACCCCGCGGGCUCGGCCAGCGCCGGGAGCGCCGGGAUGGGGAACAGCGGCUCGGCCGUGAAGGUCUGCACGGAUCACCAAGGGGGCAUCAACUGGCUGAGCCUGAGCCCCGACGGGCAGCGGCUGCUCACGGGCAGCGAGGACGGCACCGCUCGGCUCUGGAGCACCGCCGACAGCCAGUGCCACGGACACUUCCAAGGACACGAAAGUUACAUCACCUUUUGCCACUUGGAAAACGAGGCUGCCUUCACAUGCAGUGCGGAUCACACCAUUCGGAAGUGGGAUGUGCUGACGGGCCAGUGCCUGGCCAUUUACCGAGGCCACACGUCGAUUGUGAACAGGAUCCUGGUUGCCAAAGACUAUCUCUUCAGCGGCUCCUACGACAGGACGGCCCGCUGCUGGAGCGUGGACAAGGAGAAACAAAUCCAGGAAUUCCGGGGCCAUCGGAACUGUGUCCUGACUCUAGCUCACUAUUCCUCCAGGGAUGUUCUCGAGGAAGAGGAGGAGGAAGAGGAGGAGGAGAGGGUGAGCAGAGACCUGCUGGUGACAGGGAGCACCGACUGCACUGUGAAGGUCUGGUGGGUGUCCAGCGGGCGCUGCUACCAGACCCUGCUGGGACACACCGGGGCCGUCCUGUGCCUUAUACUUGACGCACCAAACAGGGAGCUGUUCUCUGGCAGCACGGAUUACACCAUUCGGACCUGGAAUAUUGUCACUGGUGAGCAGCUCAAAGUGUUCAAAGAGCACCAAGGAUCAGUAAUCUGCCUGGAGCUGGUGAACCGGCACUUGUACUCGGGGAGCGCGGACAGGACAGUGAAGUGCUGGUUAGUUGACACUGGGGAGCGAAUCCAAACGUACAAGGCUCACAAACACAGCGUUAGCACUUUGAAAUACCACGCUGGGAUCUUGUUCACAGGAAGUGGUGAUGCCUGUGCAAGAGCUUUCAAUUCCAAGAGUGGAGUCCUGCAGAAGAUAUUCCGAGGACACAAGUUCAUCAUCAACUGUAUCCAGAUCCACAAUGAGUUGCUCUACACAGCUUCCCAUGACGGCACACUAAGGAUUUGGGACAUCCGGGGAAUCUGCAAGAGAAAUAAGCGGCGUUUGAAGAAGGAGAGGUCUGUCCAGGGCAGGAGCUCGCAGAAGGGGAGCCUGUCUCGCCUCUUCAACAACAAAGUGGGCUGUAUGGUACAGCAGGAGAACGGGGAACAUGAGGCUGUUGAACUAAUGUGACUGCCCAGAACGGCCUUUCUGUCAGUGACCAAAGCUGAACCUUUUGUUUUCUGCACCACUGUGUCCAUGUAAACCAGAACUUGGAAAGAGACGGGAAAUGGCUUUGCUUGAACCUCAGCGUCAUGAGCCAGGGUUCUCUGUGACUGCCAGAGGGACUCCAGUCAGAUCCUGUCACUGCAGAUGACUCAGCUGAGCAGGUGUGGGGCCAGGAGGGACGGCAGUGUGGCUCAGGUGUGGUACCUCUGUGUGUGCAAUUAGGAACUUCCCUUGUUUCAGUUCCCUCGGGCACAGAAGUGCUGCACAUCUCUGCCUGCCCAGUGUCUAAUGAGAGAUGUUUUCCCCUGUUCCUGUUGCCCACUCACAUGGCCCCUGUUCAGCCCAGUGUGGCAGUGGAAGGUGACCUGCAAGUACAGCUACAAAUUCCACCUUCACAGCUGACCUUUGUGUCAGUCGUUGGCUGAUGAGACCAAUGCAGGUUGGUUUGGCUCAGCAGCAGGACUUUAAAGCAGACUGGACACCUCUCUGGGAAGUUGGGAGUAGUAGGACAGAAAUUAAUUUAAUUUCUUUUUUUUUUUUUACAAAACAUAAGCCAGAGAACAAGCUAAACCUCAGCCCUUUUGUACCAAGGUCAGCUGUUUGCCAAGACACAGCAGUUCCCCUCCUCCCAACAAUCCAGUGGGGUCUUUUUUUUACCUUUUAAAAUUUCACACUUCAGCAGAGGAAGCACCAAUGACUUCACAUGUGUCUUCUGUGAGCUGCCAGGGUUGUGAGCUUCCAGCCACCCAUGUACCUUGGGCACAGUUCCUGAUGAGCUCCUCUGAAGGGCCUCCUCUUGGCAUGGCAGGAGUUGGAAGGUGGUGACUACACCACCUCUGUGGGUAGCCUGGCCCUCUGCUUGGCUGGCUUUACAGGGGGGAAGGUUUUCCUUACAUCCACUAGGAAUGCCAAAUUGUAAUUUUCAUGGAAGAGGAGAGCAAACCAGGAUUUAUUGGGUGCUCUGUAUGUACUGUCUUUCCUCCUCUCGAGGCUGUGUCUUGCUGGGUUGUUAGUAGCAUUGGAUAAGCUGUCAAACUCAAGAGAAGGUCUCCCAGUCUUUUUUCAGGUUCAUCCCUCUCUGAUAACCACUGAGCCAUGAAUUAACAAGGGUUCUUAUAUUUUUCUAUUUGCAGAUAUAGCUCUUUGUAGAACCAGUCCAAAAAUACCUAACCACAUGUUUUUAUUUUUAUGGCUUUAUUUAUUCUGUACUACAGCAAGAUAAAAAUGCUGUAUUCUUUUUUUUAGAAUGGAUUAAUAAACAUGUGGCAUCUACAGACAAGCGAUUGUCUAGUUUUUA